AUGGCUCCCCGCACCGUGCUGAUCACCGGCUGCUCAUCCGGCAUCGGGUUGGCGCUGGCGGUGCGCCUGGCACGGGACAAGCAGCGCCGCUUCCGAGUCAUCGCUACGGUGAGGAACAUGGCCCGCAGCGGAGCGCUGGUGGAGGCGGCGGGGUCAGCGCUGGGCCGGACGCUGGAGGUGAAGCAGUUGGAUGUGUGUGACGAGGCGUCCAUCCGCGCCUGUCUUGACAGCAUCCCUGGGCGCCGCGUCGAUGUCCUGGGUGAGCCACGUCUCUCAACGCCGGGCGUGGGGAUGAUUGGGCCACUGGAGUGCCAGAGCCUGGCGGCCAUGCAGGGGCUGAUGGACACCAACUUCUUUGGGCUGGUGCGCCUGGUGAAGGAGGUUUUGCCAGACAUGAAGCGUCGCCGCAGCGGCCACAUCGUGGUCAUCAGCAGCGUGAUGGGGCUGCAGGGCAUCGUCUUCAACGACGUCUACGCCGCCUCCAAAUUCGCCGUGGAGGGCUUCUGUGAGAGCCUGGUGGUGCAGGCACUGCGCUUCAACGUGGCCAUCAGCCUGGUGGAGCCGGGGCCGGUGACCACUGAGUUCGAGGCCAAGGUGUACGAGGAGGCCGAGCGCGCCGACUACUCCCAGACCGACCCUGAGACUGCUGCCAUCUUCACCGACCUCUACCUGCGGAACUCCAGGGAUGUCUUCGCCAGCCUGGGGCAGAGCCCUGAGGACAUUGCAGAGCACACGCUGCGGGUGAUCGAGGCGGCCCGGCCGCCCUUCCGGCACCAAACGAACGCAGCGUACACACCGAUGGCAGCGCUGAAGCACGCCGACCCCAGCGGUGCACUCAUGACCGAGGCCUUCUACAAACUGGUGUUCAAAUACAGCGCCGUGCUGCGGCUCGGGCUGCGCGCCAUCCGCCUGCUGCGCUGGAAGGCCCAGAAGGUGAAGGCGGGCGCCCGGCUGCUGGGCUUCAAAUAG